UGUGUGUGUGUGAGAGAGAGAGAGAGAGAGAGUGUAUGUAUGUACUGAUCACUUCCUCAGAGAGAGAGACUGUUGGCAUAUUUAGGUCCAGAGUAAAGGCUGAUCAUGACAGGUUUCUGAUGCGCGGCCCGGAUCACCGGACACACGGCACCGCCCGGAUCCGACGGUUAAACCUGCGGUAAUCGCAGGACGGAGGGAGGGAAGGAAGGAAGGCAGGCAGGCGUUCAAAGGGGGUAAAAAGACCCAGCAGGGGUGGAGGAGUUAAGGCGACAGAGAGAAAGACAGACACAGAGAAGACCAUGCGAGAAUACAAAGUGGUCGUGCUGGGCUCCGGUGGCGUCGGGAAGUCCGCCCUGACCGUCCAGUUCGUCACAGGCUCCUUCAUCGAGAAGUACGACCCGACGAUAGAGGACUUCUACCGCAAGGAGAUCGAGGUGGACUCGUCGCCGUCGGUGCUCGAGAUCCUGGACACGGCCGGCACCGAGCAGUUCGCCUCCAUGCGCGACUUGUACAUCAAGAACGGCCAGGGUUUCAUCCUGGUCUACAGCCUGGUCAACCAGCAGAGCUUCCAGGACAUCAAGCCCAUGAGAGACCAGAUCAUCCGGGUCAAGCGCUACGAACGGGUUCCCAUGAUCCUCGUGGGCAAUAAGGUGGAUCUGGAGGGUGAGCGGGAGGUGUCCUCAGGAGAGGGCAAAGCUCUGGCUGAUGAGUGGAACUGCCCCUUCAUGGAGACCUCGGCGAAGAAUAAAGGCUCGGUGGACGAGCUGUUCGCGGAGAUCGUGCGCCAGAUGAACUACGCCUCAACGCCCAACGGGGACGAGCAGUGCUGCUCCUCCUGUGUCAUUCUAUAAAAUCCGGAUUUGUUUUCAUCCUCCUCCUCUUCUUCUGCAGUCGCAACCCUGAUGAGCGCGCGACUCGGUCAAUAAUGUGACUCCUCCAUGAGACUCCAUCAACAGGAAGUUUGAGCCAAAAAAAAAUAAAAAUACAAUAAAAAGAGAGCGAGAAUUUAUCUCUUUAUCACUCCGUCUUUCUAAUUCUGGUGUUAAAAAUCAUCAGUAUUUUUUUUUAAUUAAAAAAAGUGUCCUAGAUUGAUUAAUUGAUUGAUUAGAAUUUUUUUUUUUGUCUUGCACAUGCGUAAUACGAAACCGGAAGAGGGGAAAAAAGUGCAUCAGUGUUUACAAUGACAGAAUACUUGAAUGUUCUGGGAUUGACAUAACCCAGGGUUUUUUGUUUUUUUUUUUGUUCAACGUUGUCUCCCUGGUGCCUCGCUUCUUCUUCUUCUUCUUUAAUUUCUUUUUAGGUUUGUUUUGGCAGGAUGUUUAAUUUCAUCCACGGCCUGCUUUUGCAGUAUCACUUCCGGUUUCUGGAGAGGCCGCGAGUCACACUUACUGGUAACUAGGAGCAUCUGGUUACUAUGGAAACUAAACGACGUCCUUGAGCCAGCCGGAAGUAGACUAGUUCAUAAGGAUUGUUUUUGUUUGUUUUUUUUAUUUUUAUUUUCAUUUUCAAAUGUGAUGUCCUGGUUCUCGUGAGGAAAGGAUGAUGAAUGCAUAAAUAAUGAAAAAUAAACACGAACUUCGGUUUAGGAGCAACUCUAGGAAGCAAAAUGGCGUCAUGGAGGAUUAUUUUUUUGUUUUUUUGUUGUUGUUUUUUUUUUGCUGGACUCGAAGGAUCAACAAACAAACAUUGGGAUUCUUUUCGUGUGGUAUUUUAUUCAAAGAAAACAAGAGAAGAGUCGACGGAAGUUGUUCCAACUCCUAAACACGUCACAGCGACUUUUGUUGUUGUUUGUGUUUUUGUUUUCUUUCACUCAGCGUGCGUGAGGAUCUUACUGUGGUGACGUAAUGACGUUGUGAUGACGCCAUGCGUCGAGUGCCUUCCAUUUUUAGUGCCAACCUGAGGAGAAGGUCUGAGGAAGUUUUUAGUUUUUUGGCAAAAGUACUUAAACUGUUACACUUAAAGGGUUAUAAAGUGUUCAUAACCCUGUCAAAGGCUCACAGUUUGGCCUUUAGUCAUGUUUUCAUUAUUGUUUUUCCUUCAAAAAUGUUUGUUUUUGCCAAAAAAUAGGGUAUAAAAAUGACAGGUACUGGAGCUCUUGGAGCUCUCUGACUCACAACCGUGAUCCACUUCCUCUACACCAGUGUUUGUUUUUUUUGGGGUUUGGUUUAUUCUUUUGUUUUUAUUUUUUUAACACACACACACACAAAAAAAAUGUGAUGUAUCAUUUGGAAUUCUAAUCCGAUUGUACGUUUAAAAGCGGACCGGCUUUUUCAUAGCUGUUCUGAAUGUUUAAAAAGACUUUUAAUACAAAUUGCAUUUGUAAAAAAUA